ACUGAUGUGAAUGAAUCUUUAGCAGACCCCCUGUGACAGGUCAUCUCUUCUGUCACUUUGUGGUCUUCACUCUCUGAGCUCCUGUCUCACAUUAACUGUUCACCCUCAGUGUCUCCUCAGAUGUUCUCUCUGUGAGCUCUCAGCUUUCUCUUUAAAUCUCCUCCUCCUCCUCCUCACUGAUCACAGCCAAACUUUCACUUUGGUUUCUUCACAAGUCACUUCCUUGUUUAUCUGACUGAUUCUCUCUGUCUGCCUCUCCUCAGACUAACGAUGGCUGAAGCCCUGCUGUGUGGAUCACAGGACGAGUUCACCUGCUCGGUGUGUCUGGACACCCUGACUGACCCCGUCACCAUCCCCUGUGGUCAUAAUUUCUGUCUGAAGUGCUUAACAAACUACUGGGAUCAGAGCCAAGAGUGCAGCUGUCCUCAGUGCAGACACACCUUCACCACAAGGCCUGAGCUGAACAGAAACACUCUGCUGAAUGAAGUCAUCAAGAAAUUUAAGAGACCAAGACUCAGUUUUCAUCCGUCUCAGAGUUUUGCCGGUGUUGGAGAUGUGGAGUGUGACUUCUGUACCGGGAAGAAGUUCAGAGCGGUGAAGUCCUGUCUAACCUGCCCGGCCUCCUACUGUCAGACUCACCUGCAGCCCCACUAUGAAAUAGCAGCCUGCAAGGGACACAAGCUGGUUGAUCCUGAUAGAAAUCUGAAGGAGAAACUCUGUAAGAAACAUCAGAAAAGUCUGGAAUUGUUUUGUAAAACUGAUCAGACGUGUAUCUGCAUGAUGUGUGGAAUGACUGAACAUGAUGGUCAUGAAAAGGUCGAGCUGGAGACAGAAAGAGAAGAAAAACAGAAACAGCUGGGGGCGACACUGAGUGAAGUUAGGAGGAGACUUGAGAAGAAAGAGAAGAAAAUGAAGGAGACAAGGAGGACAACAGAACAGAUGAAGAUCUCUGUAGAAAGAGUUAUGGUGGAACAUGAUAAGAACUUCACUGCUCUGAUACGGUGCAUUGAGGAAGCCCACAAGAAACUGACUGAGAGGAUCAGAGAACAAGAAAAGAGAGAAAUGGAGACGGCUGAAGGAGUCAUGGAGCAACUGGAGAAGGAGAUUGAAGCGCUGAAGAGGAGAGAAGCUGAGCUGAAGGAGCUUUCAGAGACCAAGGACCAUCUCCACUUCACUCUGUCAUCUCGCUGUGUCCUUCUUGCUGAUGAAGACUCACUCAACUUGACUGUCACGGCUGACUUUUCUUCUGAGGACCUGCUAAAGGAGCUGUCAGGUCUGAUAAAGUGUCUGGAGAAGAUCAGCCAGUGGGACAUCCUGCCUUUCACUCCAUCAGGUCAUGAAGCUCCAAUCUUCACCCUGCAGCCUCCUGAACCUCAGAGCAGAGAGGAGUUUUUACAAUACUUCUGUCCCCUCAUACUGGACAUCAACACGGCACAUAGAGGCCUCCGUCUGUCUGAAGGGAACAAGAAGGUGACACGUGAGGGGAGAAAAGUCGAAUAUCCUGAUCAUCCUGAUAGAUUUGACUACUGGCGCCAAGUUCUGUGCAGAGAGGCUCUGACUGGGACUCGCUGUUACUGGGAGGUGGAGUGCAGUGGACGUGACCUGAUGAUUGGAGUCGCAUAUAAAGGACUGAGCAGGAAAGGGCGGGGUGUGGAGUGCCUCCUGGGAUACAAUGACAUGUCCUGGUGUUUGCAGUGUUCUCAUUCCCAGUACUCUGUGUGGCACAAUAACAAGAGGACUGUAAUCAGCACCCCCUACAUCCCCAGAAUUGGUGUGUAUCUGGACUGGCCUGCUGGCUCUCUGUCAUUUUAUAGCGUCUCACACACAAUGACCCUCCUGCACAGGUUCAACACCUCCUUCACCGAGCCCCUCUAUCCAGGGUUUGGGUUUGGUCCUGACUGCAGUGUAACAAUCAGCCAUCUGACACCAUGUGACCACUGACCAGUACCCUCCCUGGUCACUCGAUGUCCACACA